AUGGGAGACCAAACAAAGACAGAACAAACAGUAGAAGCUGUAUCCAUCGAUGAGCAAUGGGAACAAGAUGACGAUGCAGUAGCAAGAGGUAUUAUUAAAUACAACGACACUCCAUGGUACAAGGUUCCUCACUUAAGAUAUCUUAAUUUUUGUAUUUUUUUGAUUUCUUUAACAUCAACCAACAAUGGAUAUGAUGGAUCUAUGUUGAACGGGUUGCAGUCAUUAUCAUACUGGCAAACAUAUAUGGGAGAACCAACAGGUCAUGUUUUAGGUGCCUUGUCCAACGGUACUAUUUUUGGUAGUCUUUUGACAAUUUGGGUUGGCCCAUACAUUAGUGAUAAAUUUGGAAGGAGAUUAGGUAUCGUAAUCGGCCAAACUUUAACCAUUGUGGGAGCUAUAUUACAGGGAGCUUCUACCAACUACGCUUUUUUUUUAAUUUCCAGAAUUAUUAUUGGUUUUGGUAGUUGUACUGCUGUGAUUUCAUCACCUUCUUUAAUUUCGGAAAUUGCAUACCCAACGCAUAGACAUGUUGCAACAACAUUCUACAAUACUUGUUGGUACCUUGGAGCGGUUAUUGCCGCAUGGGUCACCUACGGAACAAGACUCAUCGAGAAUGAAUAUUGUUGGAGAAUCCCUUCGUAUCUUCAAGGUGCUUUAGCUGUUGUACAACUUGCAUUAUUCUGGAUGGUUCCAGAAUCUCCAAGAUACUUAAUUAAUAAGGGUAAAAUUGAACAAGCUGAAGCUAUCUUAAUGAAGCACCACGUUGGGAAUGCGCAAGAUGCUGACUCUGUUGCAUUAGUCAAGUUUGAAGUCCAAGAAAUCCGUGCUGCCCUUGAAAUGGAAAAGAUUUCUGCCCACACCCGCUAUACCGAUUUCUUCAAGACAGCUGCCAACCGUAAACGUUUAUUCAUCUGUAUAUUUGUUCCAACAAUUAUGCAACUUUCAGGUAAUGGUUUGGUGUCGUAUUAUUUAAGUAAGGUUUUAAAUUCUAUCGGGAUCACUGGUGAAACCGAACAAUUAGAGAUUAAUGGUGGAUUAAUGGUUUAUAAUAUGGUAACUGCCAUGACUGUUGCGGCUUUUGUUAAUAGAUUUAAAAGAAGAACUUUAUUUUUAACAUCUAUUUCUUUCAUGCUUGUCAGUUAUGUUAUCUGGACUAUAUUGUCUGCUAUCAACCAACAACGUAAUUUUGAACAAAAAUCGCUCGGCAAUGGUGUACUUGCUAUGAUAUUUUUCUACUACUUGGCCUAUAAUAUUGGUGCUAAUGGUUUGCCUUACUUGUAUUUGACCGAAAUUUUACCAUAUAAUCAAAGAGCAAAAGGUAUUAAUAUUAUGCAAAUAACUAAUAAUAUAGUAUUGAUCUACAAUGGGUUUGUCAAUCCAAUUGCUAUGGAUGCUAUUGAAUGGAAAUACUAUAUCGUUUACUGUUGUAUUCUUGCAGUAGAGUUGAUUCUUGUAUUCUUCUUUUUCCCUGAAACAUCAGGAUAUACUUUGGAAGAGGUUUGCAAGGUUUUUGGUGAUGAACCACCUGAAUUGAUUGCCAUCGCCGAACCAAAAUCUAAACUUUCUUUUGAUCAUAUCGAAAAUGUUUAA